GUACGACGCCGGGAUAACUAUCGAUGGGAGGAUAGAGACGGGACACUCGCACACUCAGUCCAAGCCAGAUAGCGAAGAGCGUACAGGCACCAACUAUCCAUUCCAGAAGAAAAAACUAAACAGGACAUUAAUUCGCCUCUCGUGAAGGGCAUUUUUCUAAACAACAAAUUCUAGGUGACUGAGGUGUCUGUGACGGCAGAAGUAUGAGCAGCUUCGAUGUGGAUGAGCUGUUCGACGUGUGGGAUGACCUGAACUUCACAGGCCUCCUGGAAAACGGCACCCGCGUGGCGAUGGGCGGCUGCUCCGCGACGUUCGACCGCAGCGCCCUGCUCUACACCACGUGCGUCCUCUACGUCUUCAUCUUCGUGGUCGGUUUGGCCGCCAAUGGCCUGGUCCUCUGGGUCAACAUCCGCGCCCAGGGAACCUCGGCCGGCUCGGCCGCCCACCCAGAGACCCACCUCUACAUCGCCCAACUGGCUGCGGCGGACCUGUGUGUGUGUGCCACGCUGCCCGUGUGGGUCAGCUCCCUGGCGCAGCAAGGCCACUGGCCCUUCGGCGAGACGGCGUGCAAGGUCACCCACCUGCUCUUCUCCGUCAAUCUGUUCGGCUCCAUCUUCUUCCUGGCGUGCAUGAGCGUCGACCGGUACUUGAGCGUGACGUGGCCCUCGGACGGCGAGGAGGGGGGCCGACGCCGGAGGCGGACUCGCCGCGCUGUGUGCGCGGGGGUGUGGCUUCUGGCCCUCGUGGCUUCCCUGCCGGACACGUACUUCCUGAGGGCGGUGAAGUCAUCCCACGGCGACGUGGUCCUGUGCCGGCCGGUGUACCCGGAGGAGCAGGCCCGGGAGUGGAUGGUGGGCAUCCAGCUGAGCUUCAUCCUGCUCGGCUUCGCCCUCCCCUUCCCCGUCAUCGCUCUGGCCUACGCCCUUCUGGCCAGAGCCCUCUCCUCCUCCUCCUCGCCUGCCACCUUGGCUGUGGAGCAGGAGCGUCGCGUAAGCCGCAGGGUGAUCCUGGCUUACAUCGUGGUGUUCCUGGGCUGCUGGGUGCCCUACCACGGUGUGCUCCUGGCCGACGCCCUGUCCCUGCUUGGCCUGGUGCCUCUGAGCUGUGGGCUGGAGAAUGCCGUCUAUGUGGCCCUGCACCUGACACAGUGCCUGUCGCUCCUUCACUGCUGUUUCAACCCCAUCCUCUACAACUUCAUCAACAGGAACUACCGCUACGACCUGAUGAAGGCCUUCAUCUUUAAGUACUCCACACGCACAGGCCUGGCCCGGCUCAUAGAGCAGACCCAUCACUCCGAGACAGAGUACUCUGCCGUUGCUGUGGACAACCCCCCAAAGAUCUGAGACAGACCUCUAGAGCACACCACAGGACUUCGGAACACACCAUUGAACUCUAGAACAUAGGGAGUCCAUCCACCUGACCCAAAUAACUCCUGGGCUAGAUGAUGUGUCUUAAUACUCACAACAUAACAUUUACCUGGCCCAAGGCUGUUUGAAUUAUUGUCCUCUGCCACAGGUCUGUCUGCCCUGUUGGUAGCAAACUCUGCUGUAUGACUAAAAUGGAAAUGCACACUGCAAAAUUCCCCUAAUACAAGUUACCUUGGUCCUUCUUCUGCUGCAUUGAAUCCCUCGCAAGGAUGGUGUGAGGGACUCAUUAACUCCUACCAACUGUCUGGAAAGCACUUAAACGGAGAGAUGUAGUGGAGGAGUGGCUGACUGUUUAAAAUUGAUUCUGAAGUAGUUUAGAACACUGCAUUGUAGUCAUGGAGACUGGCCCUUAGAUUCCCAAGCCUAACUAAUCCCAGUCUCCCUGUUUCUGGGGAGGCCAUUGGCUGUGAUUGUACUGUAGACAUGACCUAUGGUAUAUUGUUUAAAAAACUGCUAGAGGUGUGUGUGUUUGUGCAUGUGUGCUUUUGCGUUUGUGUUUGUGUGUUUGUGCA